AUGUCAACUGACAUUAGCAUACCUGAAGUGGGUACCUCAGCAUACUCUGCUCCCGUUGCGGCCAUCAAAAAAAUCCAAUUUGGGGACUGGGAAAUCGACACUUGGUACCAGGCACCAUAUCCGGAAGAGUACAGUCAGCACCCAAUUCUAUAUAUAUGCGAGUUCUGUCUCAAAUAUAUGAAGAGCUCCUUCAUGGCCGGUCGUCAUAGGAUGAAGUGCGUAAUGCGGCAUCCUCCUGGCGAUGAGAUCUAUCGCGAGGGCAACAUUUCGAUCUUUGAGGUGGAUGGACGUAAAAAUAAGAUCUAUUGCCAGAACCUCUGCUUAUUGGCGAAAAUGUUUUUAGACCAUAAGACUUUGUACUACGACGUUGAACCCUUCCUCUUCUACAUCAUGACGGAGUCCGGGGAUCUUGGUUGUCAUUUCGUGGGCUAUUUCUCAAAGGAAAAACGAUCGGCUAUGGACUACAACGUGUCCUGCAUUCUAACAUUACCUAUACAUCAACGCAAAGGAUACGGCAACCUAUUAAUCGACUUUAGUUACCUACUUUCGAAGCGGGAGAAUAAGACGGGCUCGCCAGAGAAACCACUAUCAUCACUUGGUCUUCUUUCAUACCGGAGCUACUGGAAAACGGUCAUAUAUCAGCGCCUGCUUGCCAUUCAUAAGGAUGAGAGUCGGAAACAUCGGGUUUCGAUUGACGAACUGAGCCAGGAGACCGCCAUGACUGUGGACGACAUUAUUACUACCCUUCAAACAAACAACAUGAUCCGCGCUAUUCCUCCACCAAAGACCCAGGAAUCUCGAUCAAAAGGAAAACACGGCAGGAGUCGCGCUAACUCGAUUCCUCCACUUCGUCAUGAGAUCGUGGUGGAUUGGGAUGAGGUCGAGGCAUACUGUCGCAAGGUUACGCAGAAGGGAUACCCAGUCAUCAAUCCUGCAAAACUGAAGUGGGCCCCGUUUUUACUCCAGCGU